GAAACUGCUUUAAGCGGUCACAUGACCACUUUAAGUUGAAUAAAGGCAUUCGUAGGUUUGCAUACGCGAGUUCGUAUCGAGGCUCAGAAAUUCACCACCAACACCAGUCUGAGAGAUGAAAGUUAGUUGCACUUCAACACAACGCACGACUUGGCUAAAAAGCAAAGCUCUCGUGUGUUAAAUAACUCCUGUCAAGCGUCCGUCGGCUCAAUCUAAUCGACAAGUGUAUAAAUGGCGGAUAAGCAAAAACUUAGCAAAAAGUCCUCUAAAGUGCAGGCAAAAUCACAAGAGAGAGAUGCUAAAAAAAAAAGUGCCAAACCGUCUGAAAAUGAGGAAAAGUCUUUAAAACAAGAUAUUGAAAACUUAAAGAACUCUUCGGAGGCCACCAAAUCAGAGGAUGCCGCUCAAAAAUCAACAGAAGAGGAGAUAGAAGAGCAAAUUAGCUCCGACGAUGAGGAUGAAAUUGAGCUUUCCGACUUGGAAGGCUUGGAGCUGGAAGAAGAUGCAGACAUUAUUCGUAAGCGUAAGCUUGCGAUUAACAACACGGCGGCUCUUGAAGCGGCCGUGAAGAGAGUCGAAUAUCCUUCCAACACAACAUUCGUUGAGCGUAUGUCAGUCACGUCUGCUGAACCAGUUGUGGUCGAAGAUGUCGAAGAUGAUUUGAAGCGUGAGCUUGCAUUCUAUAAGCAAGGUCUGGAUGCAGUGAAAAUUGCAUUCGAAAAGCUUCGCAAAGCAAAUGUACCGAUUACUAGACCAUCAGACUAUUUUGCCGAGAUGCUCAAGACUGAUGAGCACAUGGAAAAGAUUCGUCAGGAACUGAUUAAAGAGGCCACUGCAAAGAAACUCUCUCAGGAAGCGAAGAAGCAACGCGAGCUUAAGAAGUUUGGCAAGCAAGUCCAAUUCGCUAAACAGGAGGAGCGUGCCAAACAGAAGCGUGAAACCAUGGAAAAGAUCAAUGCAUUAAAGCGUAAGCACACAGGAAACGAGCUUACUACAGAAGAUGACUUUGACGUGGCUCUUGAGGAGGCUUCCGUACCGAAGAAGGAAAACAAAACUGGCGCUAGAGGAAAACACACACCUAACUUAAAGCGUCAACGAAAGAACGAGAAAUUUGGUCAUGGUGGAAGAAAACACCGGACCAAGAGCAAUACCCUCGACAGUUUGGCCGCUACCGAAUUUGGUCGGAAGGGAAAAGGCGGAGUAAAGGGUAAGCCUAAUCGACCGGGAAAGGCUCGUAGGGCAAAGGCUAGAAGAUAGGUUUAAAUAUGGAAUUUUUGUUUUGGUCUGAAUUGUUAAAAAUUAAGCAAAGUAUUUUGCAGAAAUUAGAGUGAUGACAAAAGCUGUAUUAAAAAAAAAAAUCAAAACUAUUGCACAUGUUAAAUAAACAGCCUAUCUCUUUUUUUGCUUGGUAAAACUUUCAAAGAAAUUGCUGUUGCAUUGUAAUAGCCUAGAGUACUCUGUCCAUUGCUAAAGUGGUGUUAGUGUUAGUUUCAUUUACGCAAGAUACUUACACUUUCAAUGAACUUCUCGUCUAUGCAGGUGUCAAAAACAUAGGCAACAACAUCAUCGAGGUUAUCAUAGUCAUUUGUGGAAAGCUUCUUUCUAGCUUGUGACACCUCCGCUUCGACAUGCUGGUAUGCCCUGUAUUCCCAGUGGAAAGCAUUGUGUGCCAUUCGGGCUCUUCGAAAACAAAAUACACCGAUUGGCAGGUCCUUUGCUUCGGGAACAUCCUUGCGCUUUUUCGAAAUUGACUAUUACAUAGUCAGAUAGUUUUUCCUUUAAAGUUUUUUUACGUACCUGAUAUGUGUUCUUAUCGUAUAAGGAACCAGUAAAUCGAACACAAUGUGUAGACACUCGUGUUUGUAUAUGACAAGCGGAACAACCCAUUACAGGCUCACACUUUUUACUUCUCAUCAUGGGACGAGUUUUAAGUUGUUCAAGAAAAUCCGAUCUCCAAGCACUAGAGGUGAUAGUUGAGUCAACCACCGAUGCCAUUCGCCGUCGCACGGUAUGCAAUGAGAAUGCUAGAUGCUCAUUGCUGUCGAGUGAAUAGCUCUGAUCCAUACUGCGGUAAACCAUUAUCUUGAUGCAAUUCCGAAAAUGAAACUUCAAGCCCUGAUAACUUGAACUUGAAAAUUCAACUGGUAAGGAAGCUUGGACUUCAGUUAAAUCUUCUGCAUCAUCCACAACAAAUGAAUCACUAUCUGAAUGUUGAGAUUCACUUAACUCGGAGGUACUCUCUUUAUUGUCGGUCUCUUCAUCUGUAUCAGAAUCAUUGAGAACUGGACUAUGUUUACGCCCUUUAUAAUUAGUUAGUUAAGAGUCACGCUUACAAGAAUAAAACAUACCCCGCAAUUGCUUCAGUUUUUGUAAAAGCAGCUGCUUUUUCGGAUUCCUUAUCCGAGCACCAGUUACCUCAAGAUCAACAUCAUCAAGUUCUUCUGCUUCGCGACGAACCUCCUCAUCAAAAUCAAUGUUGAUAUCCUCAUCGCGUACCAGUUUGCGAUGCUUUUUCAGGCGAGCUCUGGGAGUGAAUACUGGUUCAGAAUCUUCUGAUUCUAGGUCAUCAUCGUUUUCAGGAGAUGGGUGAGUUGAAGAUACCUUGGUUUCUUGACUUGAUUUAAUAGGAAUAUCCGUUUUUACUUCAUGAGCAGCGAUAUUAGGACUUGUUCGUGGUGAUUGUUUUU